AUGAGCCUUUUGGACGCCUCUAGGCCCAGUGCCCCGCCACGCCUGUCAUCCCUCCCUUGGGGCAGUCUCAACGGGCCAAAAGGGAUCCAGACGAAGAGAAACACAAGGAACAGAAAAUGUCAAAUCAAUCCCCCAAAAGCAUACAUCAAGUUGGUACUCUGUUUUCUGGGUUUCAACACUCACACACAACCCACUGCUGGCAUACUUCGCAAUGCCGUUUGUAAUCGUCAAAUUUGUCGAAAAGGGACGAUCGCUGGAUCUGUCGCUUCUCCCGCCUCGAUUCACUCCGUGGCUCUUCGCCUUCGGGCACCAUUUUCUUUGUCAAGCACAUACUAUUACCCCGUCGACUUGGAAUAUUUGCAUCUGUUUUCAUCCGGGAUAUAUCAUUGGUGGUCUUUCUGUCGCUUCGAGUUUAUAAUUUCGUCUUUAGUCGGUCGGGUACUCGUGGGGUUUUUGGAGCUUGGUACGGCGGUUUGUGCUGUCUUAUUUAAUAUUUUCUUUUACAGUUCUUUCACUCCUUUCUCAUCGGGGCGUUCAUCGACCAUGUCGACUGAACAUGUUCCCGAUGAUAUGAUACAACGAAAGCAUAACAGCCGGAGCCGGUCGGGCGGAUGGGGGAAAGCCACUGGCAUGUUGGGAAUCAUUGGACGAUAUCCGAAUCUUGACGGCCCUUUUACGACCUUGGUGGAGAGGGUGAAAUCGCAUGGGGAUGGGAGGAGCAGGACAAUAAUGAGGAUGGAAGGAGGUUCAGGGUAA